GCCGCGUUUGCCCUUCGCUGCCCGGUUUGGCUCAACGCGCGCGAUCUAACAUCGGCUUCUGGAGUUACAGUGAAUGAUGAAGUCAUCAAAGUUUUUAAUGAUAUGAAAGUAAGGAAAUCGUCUACACAAGAAGAGAUCAAAAAAAGAAAGAAAGCAGUUCUCUUCUGUUUAAGCGAUGACAAAAGACAAAUAAUUGUAGAGGAAGCAAAGCAGAUCUUGGUGGGUGACAUUGGUGAUACUGUAGAGGACCCCUACACAUCUUUUGUGAAGUUGCUACCUCUGAAUGAUUGCCGAUAUGCUUUGUACGAUGCCACAUACGAAACAAAAGAGUCUAAGAAAGAAGACCUAGUAUUUAUAUUCUGGGCUCCUGAAAGUGCACCUUUAAAAAGCAAGAUGAUUUAUGCUAGCUCUAAAGAUGCCAUUAAGAAGAAAUUUACAGGUAUUAAACAUGAGUGGCAAGUAAAUGGCUUGGAUGACAUAAAGGACCGUUCAACACUUGGAGAGAAAUUGGGAGGCAACGUAGUAGUUUCACUUGAAGGAAAACCCUUAUAAAAUGACAGUCAAGUGCCAUGUGGAUCUUAAGGAGCUUCCAUUUCUCCAGCUCAGUCAAUUGGAAUAGUAUUAGGUUUUUGUUUUUUUCCUCUUCCCACUGGGUCCUUCCAACACAAUGGAUGAAGGAAAUAUCAUUCGUGUAAGCAGCCUAUCAGUGAUUGCCAUUAGACUGUUUAAUACUGUUACUUUGAUGUAGAACCCAAGGAAUGCCUUCCCAUGAUAUUAUAGCCAAAACAACUGGUUACAUGCCUCUCUUGCAGCAAGCACUACACUGAAUGUGAUUGUCAAUGUGAAUAGCUUAGAGUACUGCAAAGGGUAAGCUAAUUGAAUGCCUUGAAAGUAUUAUCCACUGGUCAGAUGGUAAACUUUAUUCAGUAUUAUUUAUCGUUGCAUUUGAUCGCAGUUCUAUGAGGCUCCAGCAUUCAUACACCUCGCCUGCCUUGGCAAGCCUGUUUUUGUGACAUGGCAGCACGGAUAUAACACUAUGCAUUGAGAGCACUUUUUUUUGUAUUGAGUUUAACUUCCCACCCUCAAAAGGAAUGCCAAUUAAGUUGUGUUAACUAUGUCAUCAACUUAUCCAAGUAAGUCAGUGUUCAUUCCUGUUACCUGCAUAUCUUCUGAAAAGAAGCAGCUGUUAUUAAUGCCUUUUUGUUUUCCAUUGAGUGUACACUACUGAUUAAGUGUAGGUAGGAGUUUUAUGUUUACCAUGUAAGUCUUGCAACACUAAAGAUACUUUAUCAGUCAUGAUGGCAAUUUCUGUAUAAAAGAGCCUUAAAUGGAACGUUGUUUUUGAGAUCAAACUCCCCACCCUCACAAAAAUGGCCACUUUGCAAUAAAAAUUGUGGCAUGUUAC